UUUUAUUUUCGCACGAGGCAGCGCGCUCCAUCUACUGCGUAGGAAUUUGAUCAGUUCUAUUUCUCCAUUUAAGGGGGAUUUCGCACUGCAACAGAGCAGUUGACGCCAUAUCUGCUACUGUUAUUUUAUCGAUAAAUUGCGUAGAUACACAGUUUUAUAUGACGUCUUUAUUUUGUUUGAUCGAACACUUAGGACGUGGAAAUCCAGCUCAUUAUCAGGAAGAGUCAUUUGGUUCAUCUAGUUCGACGAUAAUAGACUUACAAAGGUUUAUGCAUUGCCGAAAGCAGUGGAAUAACAAUCGGCAAGCAGUAAGGGUGCUUUGUAACCAUCAAAAAUUACGGCCUUUCAGAUCGUGACUUUUCAUCUCCUCAGCCUCAUCUCCCAGCAAUCUGUUCUUAACAGCAGGCAGGGAACCUGGCAGGCCAGUUUCUUGCAACUUUCUCUCCACCCACAUUUGCAACAGCUCUCUGAUCCCUCCACUUAUUAAUUUCAGCAUUCAAUCAUGAGUAACGUUAAUGUCAAUCGUAGUCUUUCGGACCAAUUUUACCGCUAUAAAAUGCCAAAGCUCCUUGCCAAGGUUGAAGGGAAGGGAAAUGGCAUCAAAACUGUAGUGGUAAAUAUGGUUGAAGUAGCUAAAGCUUUGAAUAGACCUCCUACUUAUCCCACAAAAUAUUUUGGAUGUGAACUUGGAGCACAAACUCAAUUUGAUUUGAAAAAUGAGCGUUAUAUUGUUAAUGGCUCUCAUGAUGCCGCAAAGCUUCAGGAUCUCUUGGAUGGUUUUAUAAAGCGUUAUGUUUUGUGUCCUUCAUGCGACAACCCUGAAACUGUACUUACUGUCCUCCCUAAAAAAGGUGUUAUCAACACAAAGUGUAUUGCAUGUGGCUAUAGUGGUCAGCUUGAUUCAACCCAUAAAUUAACUACGUUCAUAUUGAAAAAUCCACCUGGACAAGAUCCUACCAAGACAUCAACUUCUACUACAAAGAAGAGCAAAAAGAAAGGUAAGGAUGAAAAAACACCCAAGAAGCAGCAGAAUGGCGAUGAUAGUGGAUCACACAGCCCACAACAUGAUUCUGAUGAUUUGGAAAAUGGAUCACCUGAAAAGGACGAUGAUGACUGGUGUGACGAUACAGAUGCUGAAGCCGUUGCUAGAAGAAUGGAGAGUUUAACAUCUGGAGCCAAAGGUCUAAUGCUCAACGAUGACUUGGAAAAAUCCCCCCAAGAAAGACUUGAUUUAUUCUAUGAAUUUAUUAAGAAACACAAAGAAACUGGGAAUAUAGAGAACCUGCAUAAAGAGGUGGUUGGUGAGGCUGAGAGACUUGAUAUUAAAGAUAAGGCUGUGCUGGUCUUAUGUGAGUUGUUACUUGGGGAGAAUAUUCUUCAAGAAGUUAAAACUCAUCGACUUUUGUUUUUGAGAUUCACUGCUGGGAAUCACAAAGCCCAGAAAUAUCUUUUGGGUGGCUUGGAGCAAGUAAUCAAACUGCACAAAGAUGCUCUGAUCAACAAAGUUCCGCACAUCUUGAAAGCAUUUUAUGAUACCGACAUCUUGGAGGAAGAGGUUUUGAUUGAUUGGUCGCAAAAGGUGUCUAAAAAAUAUGUAAGCAAGGAAGUGGCCCAAGAAAUACAUGACAAAGCCAAACCUUUCAUCAAAUGGCUCCAGGAAGCUGAGGAGGAAGAAUCUAGCGAUGGUGAUGAAGAGGAGGAGGAAGAAGUUGAAGUUGUAUAUUCAGAUCGUCACAUCAGUACAUCCAUCAGUGUUGAGAAGGAAACGCCAAAACCUGCGAAACCUGCAGCCCCCGUUGAUAAUGAUGAUGAUGACUUGGACAUAGAUGCCAUAUAAUCUCUUUGCUAAUUACAUGUCAUAGCACAUACUUUUGAAUUUGUGAUAUUCUUUCUCUGUUAAAUUGUAUCAUACUUGGUGUACUAUCUGCAUAAAAUAUGCUUUUUUCUCUUAAAUGUUUUAAAACUUUGUGAGUAGUUUUUGAACUUUUGUUUGAUUUUUUCUUGUUGAGGGUCUUGUUCUUUUGAAGAAUCAGAACAUGGCAACAUGCAUUGAUUCUUUAUUUUAGGAUGAAGUAUUUAGUCAUUUUUUCAUUGUAUUUUGUAAAGGUGUAAAAAGGAGCUUAAAUAAAAUGAAGUUUGCAUUAGUAAUAUUGUAUUUAAUUGGCUGCUUUAUUAGUGUUCAUUAAUAAAAUUAUUGUAAUAUUUUGAAGGCUACAUUUUGCUUGUCAUGGAAUCUAAUGAAUUAAAAUAGCUUACUUUGUUCAAUCAUUUUAGUGUGCAGUAGUAUGAUUUUUAUUGUGGGGAACUGUAUCUGCUGAGAAAGGGGGGUCUUCAUAAUUUUCAAACAAUCUCAAGUCAAAAUUGCCCAGACCUAAAUUUGAUGGAUUGUAGUUUGUCAAAUGUGAGAGAAAAAUAAACUAGAUACAUUGUAAAGAAUAUUGUAUUUUUGAAACUACUUAUGAUAAAAAUACUUGCAAAAUGUGAAUUUUCAAUUAUUUUAGUGUAAAAGUGUAUUUUAAGGAAUUUCAAUUUUAAUGCUUUUUAUGAGUAAAGUGUUUGUAGGGCUUACUUAAAGAUGCUCAUACAUAAUGAAAAUAUUGCAAGACUCGGAUAAUUUCCAUUGUCUUAAACUGUAUAUAAAUCGGAAAUGAAUGAAACUGUAGAUGUUUUUAUUGAACAAAAGCCCUGCAAAAUUUUCAUCAGGGAUUGACUUAUUUUGUAUUAAUGUGAACAAAUUUGGCAAGUGUCUGAAUAUUUGGAGUUAGUUCUGGUGUAAGCCUCUUAAAAGAUUUGGUUUCAGCUCUGGAUUUUUUAGUUCCUUAUUUUUUCUGUUUUUUGAAUCAUGUAUAUGUCCUUUGAUAGAGAAUUCUAUGUACGUAAUGUAAUAAAAUCUGUUACGCAUUUUAAAA